AGUAUCGAAUUGAUUCUCCUUCCUAGACUAUACAAGACUUCCGGAACCAUCAAAACACUUCAACUUCACGUGUAUCAUGGCAAGCGCACCAGAAUCCUCCUUGGAGGAGAUUCUUUGGCGAUCCCCGCCUCACGUUCAGAUGAUGGGAGGUUAUCUCCAUUCAAACAAUAUCCUCUUCUAUUUUGCCGAAUCUCCUUUCUUUGAUCCCACGUCUAACAAUGCCUCCCUCGCCAUCCAAGCCAACUACAACGAAGCGUUCCGGCAAUUUGUCGAGACUCGCGAAGCCUUCGAAGGCCGGCUAGCCACAAUGCAGGGCCUCGAAUUCAUCGUCUCCUACGAUCCGCUUCAGGCCGCCGCGCAGCCGGACGGUCGAUUCGCACACGAGCCUUCCAACAUCUGGGUGAUCCGGAAGCAGACGCGGCGCAAGCGAGCCGGGCAACCAGACGAGGUGGAAGUUUUGUCGACCUACUUUGUAGUAGGCGAUUGCAUUUACAUGGCACCGUCGGUUGCAAGCGUCAUUGGCAAUCGGAUUCUCUCCGCCGUGACCUCCCUAACUAGCCUCUUGAAAACGGCAUCCGCAUUACCGACCUUCACACCAUCGCACGGACAUACCUAUCUCCCCCCGGCGCCUAAGCAGGUUGACACGGCUGGCCAACUAGCCGGCGCCCAAGCACAGCAGAGCAAGGAGAGCACACCGAUGCCCGACGCGUCCACGAAGACGCCGCUCGUCGGAUCGCAAGCGGCUCAGACCGGCUCGGUGUACCAGGAUACGCGGACUCUGGCGGAGUCCUUCAGUCUAUUGACGCGAUAUGGGGAUGAGUUCAUGGAUGAGAACCCGCUGGUCGGCGAGCCGGGGUCGUUCAUCAUGUCCAAGGCGGGGGAUACAGCGGCGGCUACGAGCAAACAGGGGCCGAAUGCGGGGGUUGUUGCAGGUAGCAGCGCGGCUGGGAGAGUAGCCACGCCGCAGGUGAGGGUGGAUACACCGGGGAUGGGCUCGGAAAAGGGCGCUGCUACGCCGUCGGCGGGAUUGGAGGAAGGUAAAAUAAGGAAAAAGAAGGGGAAGGUGGGGAGCUGA